AUGGCUUUCUCAAUCCAGAUGAUCUCGAUGGUCAUGAUGCUGUGCGCGACGAGCUUUCGCGCGACGAUUGGGCACCCUUCGGGCUCGCCGGCCGCCCGGGCGAUGGUUCCGCAGGGCACGGCCGCGGCCCGGAGUGCAGCCAAGCUUUCGCCGGCGUGUCAGAUGGCUGCCUCGAGCCUGCUGGGCGGCGAGUUCGGCAGCUGCGCCAACAUCCUCGGCCUGGUGUCGAGCUUCGAGGCCAAGGACUCCCUCGUCUCUCCCAUCAACCAUUGGGUCUCCGCUGCGUGUGCGUCCGCCCCUUGCUCCAAAGAAGGGCUCGCUGCUGCCAGUCACAUGAUCAAGACCGGAUGCGCGAGCGAUUUGCAAGAAGGCUCGAUUGCCGCUGUGGCCAUGUACAGCAUCCUCACACACUACGACGUCACCAGGGACAUGUUUUGCUCUCAAUACACACACAAUUCUACGUUCUGUCUUCCCUCCGUCUUGGGCGCUGUGGAGGCGCAAAGCGGCGAGAAAAUCACGCUCGGAGAAGUCGUCUCCUUGAUCGCGGGAAAACUGACGCGGGCAGACCGAGCCUUCCUGUCUGUUUCGAAGGAGACGUACUGCACCCCGUGUGGCCAUGCGAUCGUGACGAGAUCGGCGACGAUGAUCGAUGCGAUCCGCCAAGACCCCUUGGGGAUCCGAUUCGACUACAAGCCCGACUCCGCCGUCCACCUGAUCAGCGAGAUUUGCGGGCCCUCGUUCGAGGACCACAAGGUGCCCAGCUCCGUCCGCGUCGCGCCUCCCCCCCACGCCGCCAAACUUAGUGCUCCAUCAGACAACAAACUCGCGUAA